AUGAGCAACUCGGAAGAUAUCGUGAGACUUCUGGUGUUUUGGGAGCGUGGUGGUUGGGCGUGUAGAUUUUGUUGGGCAGGCCGGGAGGAAAAUACGGUAGUUUCAGCGGGCUUAGAUGAGGUGCCUGAUUUUGGAGUCCAUUCCGUCCGCCAUGCCAGAGAUUGCGGCUAUGUUGCUCUCGAUGAUACACUACCUACCUCAAUAGCACAUCUUUCUCUUCAGGCAAUCCAAAAAAAAAAAGAUUUCGCCUUACCCCCUCCUCCCCUCAACAAAAAAAUUCGGCAAAAAAGGAAAACUUCGAUGAAGAGAAUAUUUUUGUAUAUCAAGGGCGAUUUUGUCUUUGCGCCAGACUCGGAAGAGUCGCCUCUUUUGCAACAGUCCAGUGACCAUCGCAAGACCAACACACUUGAGAGGACCAGUUCUCAUCUUAUUGACAGGCAUUUUGGGGCUUUGGGGUUUAUCUAG